GGCGUCCACUCAUCGUCUCUCCUCACAGUUCAGCAUUGAAACGGUUUCUCCUAAAAACUGACCCCCACCAACAUGAUCCACCUGCUACUCUAUCUGGCUGCACUCAGUCAGCUGACAGAUGGGUCCCCGACUCUCUGCACUGUGUCUGGCCCGUCUGUUAUCGAUUUCAGCGGCAAGACUGAAUUUAUCCCGGAUCGCUGUGCGUACACUCUGAUAUCCGGUUCUGGCCUCGAGCUGACGGCCAUCUUCAAGGAGCGCCGCCGCAAAGACGUCAGUUUCUUAGACCAAGUGAUUCUGCGUGUCAGCGGCGUUAACUUUAACCUCGGACAAAGUGGGACAGUACAACAGGACGGCACGACGCUGACUCUGAGCUCCAUCCCGAUGACCGUGCAGGGCGUGAAGCUCUCAAAGGACGUGGACGGAGUCACCGCCGAAGUGUCCACCACCAACGGCGCUGCCUCCAUCGUGUUCGACGGCACCACCGCACAGAUCCUUGUGACAGGAACGCCCCCGACGCAGGGUUUAUGUGUGAACUCAAGCAGCUCUCUGAGUAGCAUGAAGGUCUCUGAGUUCAGCCCCAGCAGCUGUGGGACACUGGUCAGUGAACCCGCUGACAGCCAGAUCGACUGCAUCAUAAUGACUGAUCGGUGUAAUCUCCUGAAGGAGGCGCCGUUCACUUCCUGUCACAGUCUCAUCGACCCGGCGCCCUACAUCAAAGCCUGUACCAACAUGCUGUGCAAAUACCCAGUGCUGGAUGGAGUCAACUGCCAGUUCCUGCAGACGUACACUGAAGCCUGCAGCCUGAAGAGUGAUCACAAUGUGACGGACUGGCGGACAAAGACCGGCUGCUCUGACGAGGUAAAUGAGGACGUGCUCUGCAGCGCUCAUGAGUUCGUCGGUAUGGACAUCAGCGGUGACACCGGCUGCCUCUGUCGGGCGAAUUUUGCCGCCACUAAUAAAUGGGAAGACGGUUUAGGCAACCUGACAGUGUGCAGCACGAACGGUGCCUCAGUCAGUCUGGCUGGUUGUCUCCUGGUGGAAAGAGGCAUCGACUACAGGGCUUUACACCUGAAGGAUGACACCUGCAGGGGGCAGAUGGACGAAAAGACCCACAUGGUGACCUUCACCUUUAACAGCAGCAGCCCCUGUGGGAGGGAGAUCUUGGCCACAGACCAAAAGAUCACCUACAAAAAUGCCAUCAACAUAGACAACAACGCCUCCAGUGGGACUUUUCGCAGUGACUUGCUAAGAGUCAAUUUCUCCUGCUACUUCAACCAGCCGACAACCAAGUCCUUGACCUUCAAAAUCAAAGGAGGCAAAGCAAUGUCGCAGAUUGAGUCCGGAUCCUGGAACUACACUCUGGCUAUGACCAUGUGUGAGGACAUGUCCUGCACUAAAGAAUUCGACUUCUCUAACGGGAUCCAGAUGGACCAGACCAUUUACAUGAGCCUGGACACCUUUGGGCUGGACGGCAGCAUCAUCGUCCUGGUUGUGAUGGAUGCCUUUGCAAUCGGGGGCAAAGGACAGAAAUACUAUCUUGCCAACGGCGGCUGUGUGAACCCGCAGGAAGAUACGGUGAAGAUUGGGAUAAACAAAAACGGGGGAAGCGUUUUAGCCUUCCAGAUGUUUCAGUUCAAAGGGGAAAACAGUGCCCUGAAACUGGGCUUUAAGAUGAAGCUGUGUCUGAAGAGCAACAAAAGCUGUAUGCCGCAAUGUAAAGGCAAACGGAGAGGGAGAUCUACAACUUCUCAAAAUGAAGACGAAGAGAACGUCAUCAUGGUCUCCGUGGACUGGAACUAGGAAAGAUCGUUGUGCAGGGAUCCAGAUCGACCGAUUGAUCAGCUGUCAACCUUCAGAGCGACUUUGACUUCUGCUUCGUCCCGAUCGAGAUUCAGUCAAGUCUAAUAAUGUCCUAAAUUGUUCGUCCUGAUUCAGAGAAGGGGUUAUGUUUUAUGUUUAACUUGCCACUCGAACUUCAUUCAGUUGUAGUGCAACAACAAGCUGAACAAAAGGUGCAUUUAAUUGAUAUAGCAAAGUCUCAAGAUGCUUUACGAAAAAGCAGAAACAAUCAUCGAGCGAUUUGAUAAGAAGUUAAAUUAGGAUAAAUACAAUUUCUGUUUAAAAGCACAACACCUAAAGGACAAACUAAAAACACACAAUAUUAUAUUAAAAACUGUUAGAAUUCCAAAGUACCACUGAAUGUUGUUUGGUUGCACUUUCUUUUUCCCGUUCUUGCGGAUCACGUUUUGUUUCCUCUUCUGCAUGUCUGUGUUUUUGUUGGAGAGCUUGCAGGUCUUUAUAACUGCAUGUCCGUUUUAUCUCAGCUGUAAGAGAAGCUUUGUGAUGAAUGUUUACAUGAGAACAAAUCCAUCCCAGUGACGGAGGCUUGCUGCUUGUGUUUGUCGAGCACCAAAAAAUAAAUACAAAAUGGGAAUGUGGGUAAAAGACAUUCGAGUUCGGGUGAUUUUUUGGGUCACUUUGUAAGUCUUCAGUUUGUUAAAUUUGUGUCUCUUUAAGGCGGAAAAUGUCUUCGUUUUAAACCAUAUUUUAAACAUUAAAGUAGUUUUUUAAUUAAUUUGAACAAUUUGGAAAUGUGGGGAUAAGACACUUUGUUAUUCGGUCAUUGACAAACAUUUAUCAGUACAGAAAAGCAGAAAAUAAGUUUGAAAUAAGAAUAAAGAUAUAAUACAGAAACCAUUUACCAAAAGUAUCUUCACUCAAAUGAAUGUACUUUUAUAUACUGUACCUUUAAAUACUUUACAUACUUUAUUUAAUUCAAUUGAACUAUUUUAGUUCAUUUAUCAAAUAGUUUCCCCUUGAUGAAAAGUUCUAACAUUUAACAUUUUUUAUUUGGCUUUUCUGUAAAUUCAUGUUUUCGUUGUUUUUAUUUUUUAUUUAUUUGAAAUAAUACAACUUCAUAAAUCCGCUGAAGACUAAUAUAAAAAAA